GUUAGUAACACUGGUCCGCCCUUUAUCUGACAUUUCCAAUAAGAACAUUUAUUUUCUUCACAUUUCAAGUCACCAUCUUGUGAAGGACGUACGGCUUGUGAUUCGUUAAUUAUUCCAAGAACUUGCAAACAUGUCGAAAAUCGGUAUCAACGGAUUUGGACGUAUUGGACGUCUGGUGCUCCGUGCUUCAGUGGAAAAGGGAGCCAAGGUUGUUGCUAUCAAUGACCCCUUCAUUGGUUUGGAUUACAUGGUCUACCUUUUCAAGUACGACUCCACUCAUGGACGUUUUAAGGGCACAGUUGAGGCUGCUGAUGGAUGCCUAGUAGUUAACGGAAACAAGAUUGCUGUCUUCUCUGAGAGAGACCCUAAAGCUAUUCCCUGGGGAAAGGCUGGAGCUGAAUAUGUUGUUGAGUCCACUGGUGUGUUUACCACCAUUGAUAAGGCAUCUGCUCACAUUGAAGGUGGAGCCAAGAAGGUCAUCAUCUCUGCUCCUAGUGCUGAUGCCCCCAUGUUUGUAGUAGGUGUAAACCAUGAAACCUACGAUCCAUCCUUCAAAGUCAUCUCUAAUGCUUCCUGCACAACUAACUGUCUUGCUCCUCUUGCUAAAGUUAUCCAUGAUAACUUUGAAAUUGUUGAGGGUCUUAUGACCACAGUUCAUGCUACUACAGCUACCCAAAAGACAGUUGAUGGCCCUUCAGGAAAAUUGUGGCGUGAUGGUCGUGGUGCUCAACAAAACAUUAUUCCAGCUGCUACUGGCGCAGCUAAGGCUGUCGGCAAAGUAAUCCCUGCUCUUAAUGGCAAACUCACUGGAAUGGCAUUCCGGGUUCCAGUUCCCAAUGUCUCUGUUGUUGAUUUGACUGUCCGCCUAGGCAAGCCUGCUAGCUAUGAUGCCAUUAAGCAAAAGGUUAAGGAGGCAUCUGAAGGACCCCUCAAGGGAAUUCUUGGUUACACUGAGGACCAAGUUGUAUCAACUGACUUUGUUGGUGAUACUCACUCUUCAAUCUUUGAUGCUGCUGCCGGUAUCUCUCUAAAUGACAACUUUGUUAAACUUAUCAGCUGGUAUGACAAUGAAUAUGGUUACUCCAGCCGUGUCAUUGACCUUAUCAAGUACAUCCAAACCAGAGAUUAAAUUGCCCCAAUAGAGUUGAAUGUUAUAUUGUGAUUGUAAUGUCGAGAUUACCGACCCUUAUUUUUAAGUUUUAAGUAUAGCUGUGUAUUUAUCUAAAUUAUUAUGCUACUUUGACAGUAGUGUGCACUAUGUAUGUGUAAUUUUGAAUUCUGUUUAACAUUCUGUGUAUAGGAUCUUCGCUGUUGAAUCAAAAAUAAAGUCAAAUUAUGUGUAAAAGUA